UGAACGGCAGGGUCCCAGGGACGUGGGUCGCGGAUCUUUGGGAACAGAAAUGCAAUAUGAGUUUGUUGAUAUUUCCAUAUACCGCACCGAGACGGUGAAUUGAAACGAGAAGAGCCCAAACUACGACCCGUAUUUUAUACUUAGUAAGGCACAAUGGCAGGCCUGGCGCGGGCAGCGAGGCAAACGGCGCCUGUGCUGGCACGGCGGGCGGGCGCCCGGCAGUUGCUUGCUCUGAGUGGGGUCGCGAGGACAGUGACGCCGGCGGCAGGAAUCAGGUUAAACAACAACUUUGCCAUUGGGGCCCGGAACUUCUCGCAGUCGAGGAUCUGGAGGUCGGCGGAGGUUCCUGCGGUUGAUCGUGGAGGUUCGAAACUAUGGGAGAGUGCGGAUGAAGCGGUUGCAGACAUCCAGAGUGGCUCGGUCAUUCUGAGUUCCGGGUUUGGGCUGUGCGGCGUGGCAUCUACUUUAAUUGCGGCACUUCGACGACGGGGCCCAGAGUCUCUGCACUCGCUCACGGCCGUGUCAAACAAUGCCGGGGCGGAAGGGCGUGGGGGGCUGGCUCUCCUGACAGAAAAUGGCCAAGUCGAUCGCAUGAUCAUGUCGUAUCUGGGUUCCAACAAAAAGCUGGAAAAGCAGUACCUGACGGGCAAGAUCGCCGUCGAGCUGUGCCCGCAGGGAACGUUGGCCGAGAGGAUACGAGCUGCAGGGAGCGGCAUCCCGGCCUUCUUCACUCCAACCGGCGGCCACACGCUGGUGCAGGAAGGUGCGAUUCCCGUCCGCUUCGACGCCGAAGGCAAUGUGGUUGAGUACGGCAAGCCACGGGAGACCAGGAUAUUCAACGGCCGGCCGUAUCUCAUGGAGACUGCCCUGCACGGCGAUGUGGCGAUCCUGCGGGCGUGGAAGGUGGACAAGGCUGGCAACUGCGUGUUCCGGUACACGACUAAGUCCUUCGCUCCGCUGAUGGCCAAGGCGGCGAGGCUGUCCAUCGUCGAAGCUGAGAAUAUCGUCGAGGUUGGCGAAAUCGAUCCCAACGAUGUCGACCUCCCGGGCAUCUUCAUUGACCGGAUUGUGCCGGCAACGGAAGCGUCGAUGGUCGAAAUCAUCAAGACGCGGUCAACUGGGGACGGCAAGGAUCCCAAGUCGAAGGGGGAGGCACAGACGCGGAGGGACCGCAUCGCGCGGCGGGCGGCGAAGGAGCUGAAGCACGGGUUCUACGUCAACCUAGGUGUUGGCAUUCCCACCUUGGCCCCCUCAUUCCUGCCCCCCGGGGAACAAGUCUGGAUCCAGUCCGAGAACGGCAUCCUGGGGAUGGGUGACUACCCGCUUCCCGACGAAGUCGACCCCGACAUCAUCAACGCGGGCAAAGAGACCACGACCCUGGUUCCCGGCGCAGCCACGUUCGACUCGUCCGAGUCCUUCAGCAUGAUCCGCGGCGGGCACGUCGACGUGUCCAUCCUGGGCGCGCUGCAGGUCAGCGCGGCCGGCGACCUGGCCAACUACAUGAUCCCGGGCAAAGUGUUCAAGGGCAUGGGCGGCGCCAUGGACCUCGUGUCGAACCCGGACAACACCAAGAUUGUCGUGGCGACGGAGCAUGUGGCCAAGGAUGGCACGUCCAAGGUGGUGCAGAGCUGCAGUCUGCCGCUGACCGGGGCGCGGGUCGUGAGCACCAUCAUUACGGAUCUGUGCGUUUUCCAAGUUGACCGGAAACGCGGGACGCUCACGCUGACCGAGGUGGCGCCGGGCGUGGACGUGGAGGAAGUGAGGAGCAAGACGGAUGCCACGUUUGCGGUGGCCGAGGAUCUGAAGACCAUGGAGUGAGGGCACCUAUUUUAGACGAUGACUUACUUUCGGCUUGUUGUAUCCCUGCAUUCCUGGGCGCGCUUAUAUAGGUAGCUUUCCAUUUCCUGUGCCUAACAGUGCAGUGUCUGCAGAGCACUACUGCCUUUUCGCGAACACGGAGCUAUCCAAUUUCCAU